UAUUGGGUGUUUUCACUGUAGUCACUAUGUGGGCAGUUGUGGUAACUGAAGGUUGCAGGAAGAUAAAGCUGCAGUACUAUGGUUUUAAGAUUGCUUCUGCUGCAAGAGAUGACUCGCCUGUUACUGAAGUGGAGCCAUAUAUCCCUUUUACCAUUAACCCAUCAGGAAUGCAACCUGUUCUCACCACCACUUAUCUCUUGUCAUUAAUUUCCGAGCAUUCUUGCAAGUCUUCUUGGUUCGCCUUUCUGGGAGCAUGUGAAGGAGAUAUUGAACCCUGGCAAUUCCGUUGGUGCAGGGCCUUGGAGCAAUGUUAAGGAGAUAUUAAAUAAUUACAAAUAUUAAACCAAAAGAAAAAACCAAAAAAACAAAAAAGAAUCCGCCCAGGCCGCCUAGCGUCUAGGCGGGCGCCUAGACCCAUUAUUUAUUAUUUAUUAUUUAUUUUUUUUGGGUUGGAGCAGAUGGCACACAGUUCGUUCUCAUUAACACAUAAAUCAUCAAAAACCCAGCAAGGCAACCCCACGAGAACGAAUCCCGCUAAGAACUGUAUUGUAAUCCAAGUAGGAGAAGCGGCCGAUGAAGAGAGAAGAGUGACCAAAAAUAAAGAAGCCAAGAAUGCCCAAAGAAGGCUUGAAUUUCUUGAAGAACUGCAAUUGGGUCUUUGUGUCUUCUGCGUCCUUUGGAGGUGAAGGUUUGCUAUUAUCCAUUUCUUUGAGAAGUGAGGAGAAGUGGAGUUCAAUUCUCCUGAGAAAGCAAGAGACUAACCAUUAAUGGCUCAAAGCCAGUACUUUUCGAAUUGGGUUUUCUUCAUAAACUGCAUCACAGUUAUUUGCUUUUUUUUUUUUACCAAGAAAAAUGAGAUCAUUCAAUCAUUCAAAACGUUGCAACUUUUUAAACAGCUGACGUUUGUGACAUGUGAGAGAGAGAAAGGAGAAAGACGCAGAGAAAGACAUU